AUGGAUUUGAAUUUUUAUAAUACAAGUAUUGACUAUAAUAGUAUUACUAAUAAUGCAGACAAUAAUUUGAGACAUCAUUUUGAUGUUUUAGCAGAUACUAGUAAUCACAACACAAACAAUAAUAGCAAUAACAAACUAACCAGUUCUCUGUCUAAUAUUGAAUUGCCUUUAUUAAAUAGGAAAAAACUUCCAGGAAAAUCUAUGUAUUUGAAUGAUUUAACUGAAUUAGCUAAAACAUUCAUAAACAAUAACACUAAUAAUAAUACUAAUAAUACUUCAAAGGAUCCAAGUACUAACUAUUUACAAGCAUUGAUUUAUAAACAGGAUAAAACUUUAAAUUAUAAUGGAAAUAAUGAUAGUGCCCAAAUAGAUGAGAUUUCAAAGAAUUUUUAUUCAAUUGCUCAAUAUAUUUUUCAAAUAUGUUUUAAAGUUAAAAAAUUUCAUGAUUUAAGCAGUUUAAAAUUAAUUGAUUUAAUUGUUGAUCAAACUUUCCCAAACUCAUUAACGUUGAGAAGGUUGAAUGAUAAUAAUUCAAAUACGCCUUAUGAGUAUUUUAAUACAAUUUCAAGAGAUGAGGAUAUUUCAAAAUGUCCAAUAUUUGCACUAUCAGUUAAUUUCCUAAUAAGAUUUUCAAGUAUUAACAAUUCAAUUACAAUAAAUGACUAUCAAGAUAUUCAUCUAUUAGAACCAGAUUAUUUGUCUAUUGUUGCUUUGAAUUAUUUAAAUAAAAGCUCUCCAAAUACAUCUGUUAAUGAUAUUAAUACAAAAUUACAAAGAGAUCAAGAUUUUGAAGUAGCCGAUGAAUUAAUAUAUAUUGUUUAUCCUUGGUUGAAACAAUUUGACAAUGAUAUAAAGAUUUUAGAUAAGGAUAAUUAUAAACUAAAUUCUCUAUGUGAGCUUUUUAAAUUCAUGGGUAAGACGAUAAUACAAGAUAUACGGUAUUUGAUCUUAAAUGGGAAUUCAAACUUACCAAAUCUUAUAUCUUUUAUAAAAAAAUUAGUACCAGAUCUUUUCUUCACUGAAACUUUCAAGAGUUUUGAAAAAAAUGAAAAAUUGAAUUUUAUGGAUUCUAAUUCAAAUACAAAUAAUCAUAAUAGUAAUAAUUAUACCAACAGCCAACCUUCAAAUUAUAACUAUUCAAGUAAUACUACUACAACUAAUAAUCACUAUAAAGAUAAUAAUAAAAGCGGUGGCUUAUUUUUGGUAAUGGCAACUCAUUCGAUAGAAAAUAAUAAUAAUAAUGACAAGAAUAAUAAUAAUAAUAAUAAUAAUAAUAAUAAUAAUAAUAAUAAUAAUAAUAAUAAUAAUAAUAAUAAUAAUAAUAAUAAUAAUAAUUAUAUGACUUUGCAUAGUGAUAAUAAGAGUUCAUCUGGUAUCAUUAAUAUGACAAACAAUGACAUUGCGCACGUUAAUUUUUCCAAUUUAUUGCCAAAUGUGACUAAUGAUGAUAUUAUCGAUUCACCACAUAAAUUAGAAGUUAAUAUUUUAAAUUUAGCAAAAAAUCUGACUACAGAGAAUGUCAGAUUAAAUCAACAGAUUUCCAUGAUAAAAUCAGAUUUAAAUAUUGUUAAUAAAGUUUGUAAUCAGAUUUUAGAGACUCAAAAAGAAUUAUUGACUAAUUACAAUAAUAACAGAAAUAAUGGUAAUAAUAAUAACAAUCCGAAAAACCUUGACAAUUUUAAUAAUAGCUUUUACAAUAAUCAAAACAAAAAUGACAACGGUCUGAUUAUAUUAGAUAAGAAUAACAUAAAUCAAAACUUAUUAAAUAACUUGAUACAAUAUAUUGAAGAAAUGAAACAGCAAUCUAAUGGGUUCAACAAUAAUUUGAAUGGGAACAAUGGCACUAUUAAUAUUGCUUCAAAUUAUAAUAAUGGCAAUAGAAUACCACAGAAUGUUCAAGAAAAUCAAAAUAUAUUUUCUAUGGGAAGCAAUAAUCAAAGGUUAGAUUAUCAAAUGCAACAGGAUGGGUUAAGUAGAGGUUUAAAGAAUGUUUUAAGCAUAAAUGCAGAUGUCAACAACAACGAAAAAAACUAUAAUAGUAAUAAUAAUAUGAAUAUUAACAUAAAUGGGAUCUCAGAAAAAAUGUCACCGCACCCAUAUUCAGUUUCAACUCAAAGUCGAAGUAAUAUGUUUUCUCCACCUCCAAGCAAUAAUUCAAAUGAUUUGAACUACAUCUCAUUAGUUAAUAAAAGAAUGAAAUUGGCAGAUAAGCAAACUCCUUCAAGAACUGCUUUGGAUGCAUUAUUAUCUUCCUCCAUUAACACACCAAAAUAUCAAGAAAAAAAUGAUGAUAAAAGUGAAGCUAAUAAUUAUCAAAGUCGUACAGUGGAUAAUGGUAAUGCUAUUGGAGUUGGUCAUGGUGGUUAUGGUAACAAUACUGUGAUGAAUGUUGCUGUAGCAGUUAAUAAAACUGACAAAAUUGAUGAUAAUGAUAAUGAUAAUGAUGAUGAUGACGAUGAUGAUGAUGAUGAUGAUGAUGACGAUGAUGACGAUGAUGAUGAUGAUGAUGAUGAUGAUGGUGAUGAUGAUGAUGAUGGUGAUGAUGAUGGCAAUGACGAUGAUGAUGAGGAUAAUGAGGAUAGUGCUAUUUCUAAUGCAGAGUCAGAGAGUGAAUCGAUGGAAAUUGAACCAAUUAUCAGGACUUCAAGGAAGGCUCCUAUAGGAAACAAUCGUAAUAUAUUAUUAGAUGCUACAAAUGAUAAUGCAAUUGCGGAUGACAUUGGGAAUAAUACUAAUAAUAGUGAAGAAUCCAAUAACAUUAACUUGGAGAUUUCUUCCGAGAUGGUUAAAACAACUUCAAAUAAAAGUGAUUCAGACAGAGGGAAUCGCAGAACUAAACAAUCGAGGAAAAAGAAUAAGAAAAAAUUGGGAAAGGGCAAUACAAUAAAGCCUAGCCCAAAUGCUGACAUUAAAUACAAAUUAUCAAGAGAUAACAAGACAAUCUGGGACCUUUAUACAGAAUGGUACAUUGGUUUCAACGGUAAAGAAUCUGUGAUUGAGCUUAUUAACAAAUAUGGCUGGAGACGCUGGAAAGUCCAUGAUGACUCCCAUUUUUUUCCCACUAGAAGAAUAAUUAUGGAUUACAUUGAGACUGAGAUAGAUAGAGGUAUGAAAUACGGUCGGUUCAAAAAUCCCAAUCAAUCGAGAGAAGAUAUAAGAAAGAUAUUAGUUGGUGAUCUAGAAAAGUUUAGAAUCAAUAAUGGAUUGACAUUAAAUUCAUUAUCUCUAUUCUUUAGAAAUUUGUCAAAAGAUAAAAAAGAAAUAUGCAUUUUUAAAGAUUUUAAGACAUGGGACGUCAACCAAAUGACAGAUGAUGAAAAAAUUAAAUACUGUAAGAGAAAACACACAGACAUAAAAACUUAA